GAACUAAAAGAAAAUCAAAACGAGUUACAAACAAACUCGAUGGCUGUUGGCUCAUUUCUUAACGAUAGACCAGCAGUGGCUGUAAUCACUAAAUUAUUAUCUCACGUCACCACACAACGUAACCUACAAACUAUUGAGCAUACAUAAACAGUUAUUAGCCUAAUAAAAAAAAGAAUCUUAACUUCAUUCGACGCGGAAACACAAUCACGUUACCGAAAACAGUUCUGUGAUCCAAGGACAAUCCACUAAAAUUUUCAGUGGCUAACACAAAACAGGAAUUUCGUGAAUAUUCAUGUAAGCUCCGCCCAGUGUCACCGAAAAUCUCAGACACCGAAUAUUUCAUAACAACGUUUCCCUUUCAACAAACCUGCUGGGUAGACGUCACAAAGCCUAAUUAAUAUUAAUGGUGUUUGAUCACGUGACGGAUCUCCCACCUGUCAUUACAGGACUCAAACACAGGCGCAUGGUGUCUACAUGAAUUUCUGCCAGCAUGAUUGUUAAAUUCUGUUUUUACUAGUUUAGUUAUUCUAAAAUGACUCACACAUUACUUUAACAGGAGAUCAGUGGCACUGCGUCUCUUGAUUUUGUUGUUCUAUUAUGGGUGCUGUGCUGAGGACCCUGAGUAGUUGGGUUUCUUGCCUUUGCGACUGUGCAGCAUGUCUAAGGUGCCGAUGCUGCCCACAGAUCAAGAACUCCAUCAUAACUCGAAUCAUGUAUGCCUUCAUCCUUCUGCUUGGCACCAUCAUUGCCUGUGUGAUGUUGUCUCCUGGUGUUGAACAACAACUUAAAAGAAUCCCUGGUUUUUGUAAUGGAGGAGCAGGCUCCAGUAUACCAGGAUUGAAGGCCAAUGUUCAAUGUGAGAGUUUUGUUGGUUAUAAGGCUGUGUACCGGGUUUGCUGUGGCAUGAGUUUGUUCUUUCUCACCUUCUCUCUGCUCAUGAUCAAUGUGAAGAACAGCCGAGAUCCCAGAGCUGCAAUCCACAAUGGGUUCUGGUUUUUCAAGAUUGCAGUCAUGAUUGCCGUCACUGUUGGUGCCUUUUAUAUUCCAGACAAGCCUUUUACCCGAAUGUGGUUUAUUGUGGGAACCUGCGGAGCGUUUUGCUUUAUUCUGAUACAACUGGUUUUGCUUAUUGACUUCGCCCACUCGUGGAAUGAGUCCUGGGUUGAUAAAAUGGAAAAAGAAAACACAAAUAGGUGGUAUAUAGCCUUGCUGUCGGUAACAGGACUGAACUAUAGUCUGUCCUUCACGGCUGCUGUUCUCUGCUAUAACAUCUACGCUCAGCCUGAGGGAUGCAUGCUCAACAAGUUCUUCAUCAGCUUCAAUAUGUCGAUAUGCGUCAUAGCUUCAGCUCUUUCUGUACUGCCCAAAAUUCAGGAUUACCAGCCCAGAUCUGGUCUUCUCCAGUCAUCCAUUAUGACUUUGUACACCAUGUAUCUUACCUGGUCAGCCAUGACCAAUGAACCAGACCGCACAUGCAACCCGAAUCUGCUCAGCAUCUUCCAGCAGAUCACAUCCUCCACAGUCGCCCCACUGGAGAUUGAGAACCAGACUGCCAUCAUCAUCGUCGACAUAGAGGAAACCGUCCCAUCGGCCCCAUACUUGCAGUGGUGGGACGCUCAAAGCAUCGUUGGACUGGCCAUUUUUGUUCUCUGCAUUUUGUAUUCAAGUAUACGCUCUUCCAAUACAAGUCAAGUUAAUAAACUAACCUUAGCUGCCAAAGACACCACCAUCGUGGAUGAUAGCUGCACAGGAAGUGCUGAGAUGGCAGAAGAGCCUUCGACACCACUACAUGUGGAGGACAACGAAAGAGACACUGGUUCAGUACAGCUACGCUUUCUUUCACUUCAUGCUGCUCCUGGCAUCCCUUUAUAUCAUGAUGACCCUCACCAGCUGGUACAGGUGUGUGUGGCGGUAGUGCAGCAAGAUUUCCCAGUCAUCACUAAAGUACUCUGAAGAAUUCUUUAACAGUUGGAGUAGAAAAGUAGAAACAUACACAUAAUAGCAGGCACUGAUCAGGGAUAACAUUAUGAGCACUGACAGGUGAAGUGAAUAACACUGAUUAUCUCUUCAUCUCGGCACCUGUUAGUGGGUGGAUAUAUUAGGCA